AUGGCGUUGAAAAUCCGUCAAAACGAGUUGUUUGCGUCCUGUCAGAGACUCAAAAUAACGCACUUGAAGAAACGACCGGUUAAGCGUAAACGUCGUGAAAUAGAAAAGGAGGAUCAUACUGAUAACUCUGUACUCAUGGGCAUUGCCGUUAUAAACGUUUGUGAUACAGUAAGAAUGAAGAACUGUAGCAAGUCUGACGCUAACGGAGUAAUCGACGUAAUGAUAUGUGACCCGCAGUUCAUCAUCACCGACGUUGUGGCGAAGUGGCCAGGCAGUGUCCACGACAGCCGGAUAUUUAGAGAGAGUAGUAUCUACGCCUCGUUCGAGAAUGAUUGCGUAAAUGGAACCUAUGGUCCUGAAUGUUACAAAACAUGUCAUUGUUUGGAAGGACCUUGUGACGCUAUAACUGGUACAUGUGGAACAGGGUGUAAGAGAGGCUGGAGAGGGGCUGCCUGCAAUGAAACUUGUGCAGAUGGAUCAUAUGGUACUAACUGUUCAUUAACCUGCAGCGCAUUUUGUCGCAACAAUCGCCCAUGCCAUCAUAUUAAUGGGACUUGCAUCGAGGGUUGUGCAGAUGGAUAUGAAUUUUCCACUGACAAAACGUGUAAUACUCCCUGUGCAACGGGAUUGUAUGGGCACAACUGCUCAUCGACGUGCAGCGCAUUUUGUCGAAGCAAUCGAUCAUGCCAUAAUGUUAUUGGGAUGUGCCUUUAUGGAUGUGAAGAUGGAUAUAACUUUGUCACCGACAACACGUGUAAAACUACGUGUGCAGCGGGAUCAUAUGGUACUAAUUGUGCAUUAACAUGCAGCGAAUUUUGUCGCAACAAUCGUCAAUGCCAUCAUAUAAAUGGGACGUGUGUUGAUGGUUGUGAAGAUGGAUAUGACUUUUUCACUGACAAAACGUGUAAUACUCCCUGUGGUCACAGAAGGUACGGUCGAGAUUGCUCAUCAAUCUGCAGCGAAUAUUGUCACAAUAAGCAGACAUGUCAUCACAUAAAUGGGACAUGUCCAAACGGUUGUGGAGAUGGAUAUGACUUUAACCGUGACAAGACCUGCAAUGCUACUUGCAAACACAGAACAUUUGGUAAAAACUGUUCAAUGGACUGCAACUGUGAUGAAUGCCAUCAUAUUAACGGUUCAUGUGCCAUCUUUAAGCAGCAAUGCGACACUGGGUUUAAGAUGGACAAAGAUAUCUGUCAACCAUGCGGACAAAGACGAUAUGGCCAGAACUGUUCUACUGAAUGCCAUUGCGAAAGAUGCCACAAUGUCAACGGCUCGUGUGCCUUGUACAGUUCAUAUUGUGACAUGGGCUACCGGAUGGAAAAUGAUCUAUGUAUAGAAAAUAGCGAAGCUUCAUCAAAACUAUCCUCAUUUUCUACUGGAGCAAUUGGAGGUGGAGUUGCGGCUGCUGUAACCGUCACAAUUGUGAUCAUUGUUGCUGUCAAAUUACCUGCUGGUUUGAUUCGAAAGCACGACGUUGCAUCUGCUGAGUCUAAUAAAGGCAAAAACCGUUAUAAGGAGAUGUAUGCAUAUGACGAUUCACGAGUUGUCCUGACAAGCGAGUGUCCAGAUGAUUCCGACUACAUCAAUGCCAGCUAUAUACAUCUUAAGUGUCUUCAGUAUUGGCCAGAAGAUAUAAACGGUGAGUGCAAACACGGUGGUGUUCUUAUCAAGUAUGUCGGCAUCAAGGAAACAUUCGACUACAAUAUCAGAUCACUUGAAAUCACCAAGUAUGGCGAAACCAGGCGCCUCAACCAGUUCCAUUUCAAGUCCUGGCCUGAUAACGAUGUUCCAGAAACAACCUGGAGUCUAGUGGAUUUUUGGAGAGCUGUUGCUAAGUGCGACGAUACCAGCACAUCCCCCAUUCUUGUACAUUGCAGUUCUGGUGUUGGCCCCAGUGGAACUUUUAUCGCUCUGGACAACUUGAUUGCACAAGCACAGAUUGAAAACUGCGUCAGACCUCUCCACGUUGUUGAGGUUUUAAGGCAACAAAGAGUGAACAUGGUUCAAACAAAGGAACAGUACAAAUACCUGCAUGAAGCUUUGGCAGAAGUCCUUCUAAUUGGUACGAAUUACUGGGUAACGAGGCAGUUUGAAAGUAUCUACAACCUUAUGAUCGGAAAAGACAUUGAGUCGUCGAAGACACGAAUCGAGCAGCAGUUCGAAUUGAUAACCAAAAGUGCAUAUUACGCUAGGGGACAGAACGCAGCAAUAGCAACUGGACUAGUAAACGACCAUAUUGGAACUCAAAACGAAGCCAUGAUUAUGAAGGCGACGGAAUCCAAGCCGCAGUGUAUUGUCUUAUCAGCACUUGGAGAGAGCAGAGCGUUUAUAGCAUUGACUUCCUUACAUGAUGACACUGCAGAAAAUUUCUGGUCUCUUGUUGGGAAGCAGGCAUGUAAAACAAUGAUCGAGUUUUCAAAUCGUUCGGAAGGAUCGAGAGAACAUAUUCCUAUAAAGAAGACAAAGUAA